AUGGUCACCUAGAACCAUCAACAGCUAGCUUGGGAGCCAAAUGGUAGGUGCUAAGCCCAGGGGAAGCUAGGCAUUGCUUGUCAGCUCCUUCCACCACUUGCCCCUCAACUGCUCUCCCUUCCUGUUUCCAGCUCAAGGAGGUGUUGCCUGACCCCUCUGAGGCCAUGAGCCAGGCUGCCUCUGGGACUAGCUCAGGCCCUGGGACUUCCAGUGGGCCUGGUGGAGACCACAGUGAGCUUGUUGUCCGGAUUGCCAGCUUGGAAGUGGAGAACCAGAACCUGCGAAGUGUGGUGCAGGAUCUGCAGCAGGCCAUCUCCAGGCUGGAGGCCCGGCUGAGCACCCUGGAGAAGAGCUCACCCAUCCAUCGAGCCACAGCCCCACAGACCCAGCACGUGUCUCCCAUGCGCCAAGUGGAGCUCCCAACCAAGAAGGUGGCCACACCAGCAGAGGACGACGAGGACAAUGACAUUGACCUGUUUGGCAGCGAAGAGGAGGAGGACAAGGAGGCAGCCCGGCUGCGGGAAGAGAGGCUGAAGCAAUAUGCAGAAAAGAAGGCCAAGAAGCCCUCGCUGGUGGCCAAGUCCUCCAUCCUCCUGGAUGUCAAACCCUGGGAUGACGAGACAGACAUGGCCAAGCUGGAGGCCUGUGUGCGCUCUAUCCAGCUGGAUGGGCUGCUCUGGGGUGGCUCUAAGCUGGUCCCUGUGGGUUACGGCAUCCGAAAGCUGCAGAUCCAGUGUGUGGUAGAGGACGACAAAGUGGGCACCGACUUGCUGGAAGAGGAGAUCACCAAGUUUGAGGAGCAUGUGCAGAGUGUGGACAUUGCAGCUUUCAACAAGAUCUGAAGCCAGGCAUGCAUGUGUGCAAGGGAGGCCCUGCUGAUAUUAAAAACUGAGACUCCGCA